ACGUCAAACAAAAAUAUUACUUGUGUUCCGUACAGGCGUGGAUUUUAUAAAAAUUGAUUUUUUAUUUUCAAUCUAGUACUGUGUUAACCUCCGAUGGCUGGGAAGCUGAAUAAGUUCGAAACCCCCAGUUCUGCUAGCUCGGAUAGUGACUCGGAAUUGGCGCUAGAACUUGGUGAACAAGUGUUCUUGGAUGAUGAAGACUAUUCUACCAGAGCCCCGGCCUCGCCGACCACGGUGCCGAAUGUGCGCCCGUACCGACCUCCAUCCACAGGAUCAAACAUCCUCAAGUCGCCGCGGGCGCGGCGCGUACGCACCACAUCAAUGUCGCAGUCAAACAAGCGUACGGCCGCUGAAAGCAUAUUACACGCCGAUAGGCGUACCAUAUAUACGGCCGGGCGCCCGCCUUGGUACAACUGUACGGGAGGACAGGAGGUUGAACCGUUUCUCAUUGGUAUAUGCGGCGCAAGCGCUUCGGGAAAGACGACAGUCGCCGCGAAAAUAAUAGAAUCUCUUAACAUGCCGUGGGUCACUAUUGUCAGCAUGGAUUCCUUCUACAAGGUAUUAAAUGAGAAGCAACACCAAGCCGCGACCCGGAACGAGUACAAUUUCGACCACCCGGACGCUUUCGACAUGGAACUACUGAGUGGAGUGCUACAGAGACUCAAAGAGGGGAAGAAAGUUGAAGUGCCGAUAUACAACUACGUCACGCAUUCUAGGGAGAAUCGCACUAAAACGAUGUACGGAGCGAACGUGAUCAUCUUCGAAGGCAUAUUAGCGUUCUAUAACAGUGACGUACUAAACAUGUUGGACAUGAAAGUGUUUGUAGACACUGAUGCUGACAUAAGACUCGCUAGGCGACUUAGAAGGGAUAUAGUCCAACGCGGCCGCGACCUAGAAGGUGUCCUCAAGCAAUACAUGACCCACGUGAAGCCAGCUUACCAGAGCUACAUCGCGCCCUGUAUGGCCCACGCGGACAUCAUAGUACCGAGAGGCGGGGAGAACAAAGUUGCCAUACAUUUGAUAGUUCAACAUGUCCACAAACAACUGCAGCUGAGAGGCUUCAAGGUCCGUGAAAAGCUCGCAGUAGCACACGUCGGUCAGCCCGUACCAGACUCCCUAUAUCUUCUCAAAGAUACACCACAAGUACAAGGUCUCCACACGUUCAUCCGCAACAAGGACACGCCCCGCGACGAGUUCAUAUUCUACUCCAAGCGCCUGAUGAGACUCGUCAUAGAAUUCGCACUAUCAUUGUUACCUUACUCGGAGAGGACCGUUGAAACGCCCCAGGGAUUCUCUUACAAAGGUCGUAAAUGCGACGUGGAGAAAAUCUGCGGUGUAUCCAUCCUCCGAGCCGGCGAGACCAUGGAACAAGCCGUAUGCGAUGUCUGCAAAGACAUCCGUAUAGGCAAGAUACUCAUACAGACCAACCAGGAGACUGAUGAGCCUGAGCUAUACUACCUCCGCCUACCAAAGGACAUAAAAGACUACCGCGUGAUCCUAAUGGACGCUACAGUCGCGACGGGCGCCGCAGCCAUCAUGGCCAUCCGAGUGCUGCUCGACCAUGAUGUGCCCGAAGAACAUAUUAGUUUGGUUUCGUUGCUGAUGGCUGAGAUUGGGGUGCAUUCGAUAGCCUACGCUUUUCCACAGGUAAAAAUCGUGACGUCAGCCUUAGACCCAGAGAUCAACGAGAAAUUCUACGUCCUCCCCGGCAUCGGGAACUUCGGCGACCGCUACUUCGGCACCGAGCCCGCCGACGACGAGUGAGACUGAACCCAUUGCCCACAGCGUAAGGCUGAUUAUUGACUGUACUUGUAU